AAUGUUCGGCGUGUGCAUAUAAAACGCGGCGUCGCGACGCACAUCGCCUCAGUCCUCGAUUUGGACGGCCGCCGCGAAGGCAGGUGCGCGCUACAGGUAAAAAUCUACUCGAAAUCUACGAGGUAGAUCAUUACUGCACCGUGCAAGCAGUGUGAGCUCGUAGCUUUGGACGUGACAGCCGAUAUAGCAGGCUCAUUGUUGACUUCCUGCAUUUAUCUUCCUGGUUCUUCUUGACAUCAGAGAGAAGUUAUCGAAAUAAUGAGCGCCAGUCGAGCAAGAGCGCAAAUGAAAAUUAGUUAAUACCUUUCUCAACCCCUCGACAAAAAACAAGCGCUGGUACGAGCCGGAACGAAGUGGUGGAACGAAGGAGCAAAUAAAAAAAGAAGAAAAAAAACUAUCAGGCGACUUGCCCGAGCGGAGACUUAAUUAAUUUACUUUUCAUUCAAUCGGGCCCCGUCCGAGAAAAACGGGCACCGUACGAGGCGAAGAAGUAAACGGAGAAAGCACACGGACGGUCGGGCAAAGUUUGCUUUAGCCAUUUAAACGGUCGACUUUUUGGAAAAACAGAAUUAGCAACGAGAGCUGCGUCGCCAACCUCGCUGAGAUAGAAAUCUCGGUCUUUUCAAGCUCUCACUAACGUAUAAUUUUUUUCUCCUCGUUUAAAUCCCAUCCCGGUGUAGCGUUUCACCUGUGACGUGCGUGUGGCGUGUGUGCGGGUAGUGCAAACAGGCAAACGGAUUUUGCACCCUUGGUGGUCCGGUCACCUAUAACCCUCUCUCGUUUCAGCCGGAAAACCUGAGAACUUUCGUAUUCCGCACGACGCGCGUCUAACGCCGAGAAAAAUGUAAUGUGCACGCUCGGCACGACGCCAGCCGUAAAUGAUCCAACAUAUUUCAACACCCUUAAAGGCACCAGCACCGUUACCAACAGCAGUUGGGCAAUCACGUCUUGAUACUGCAACGUUGCAAGACGCUGCAGUUCGAUCGGGGGUCGCGCGCGGCGACUGAGCAACAAGUCAGACGGCGCUGUGCUCACCUCCGCAUUUGCAGACUAUGCGCUGACCACCCAACCAUCACAAGGACGCAGCAUGGAUUACGUCAGCCUGUUGUGCUGUUUGGUUGCGUUUCUGCUGUAUUACAACACGCUGGACGCCGGUUUCGUCUACGACGAUCGGCGAGCAAUUUUGAGCAAUCCGGAUCUGUUACCGACGACACCAUGGCACAGAUUACUACAGGACGAUUUCUGGGGAACUCCUUUGAGUGACAGCGGCUCCCACGGUUCAUACCGACCUUUAUGCGUACUCUCCUUCCGGUUGAACUAUCUCCUCGGAGGGUUUCAACCAUGGGGUUACCAUUUAGUGAACGUUCUCCUUCAUUGUCUCGCAACAGUACUGCUGAUUCGAGUAGCACGCCACGUGCUCCCACGAACCCGUCACUCUUCCAUCGGUUCCGGGGUAGCAGGUCUUCUCUUUGCUGCGCAUCCAAUUCACACGGAAGCUGUGGCUGGAGUUGUGGGCCGUGCGGAUCUAGCAGCUUGUAACCUCUACCUACUUUCGUUUCUGGCCUACAUCGCUCACAUCAAACACAGAGACACGCAAUAUUGCGAAUCAUGUCGGAUAAACACUGAAGAGUCUGUCAGCUGCGGCAGCGAUAUCUCCAGCUACCAACAAAACCAGCAGAGUCAUGUUUCGUGCAACAGCAGCCAGGUCAAUGGUGCCUGCACGAGUGGCUCCGGUUUGGUGAAGCACCACCCGCGUGAGCUGACGGUGCGUUUUAGUGAACUGAACAAAAUCGGUGCGGUCAAACGAAAGGGAUGUGCGGUCGCCGGCGGCAAGGACUGGGCGGACGGAGGUGCUGAGGCCUGUUGCUGGCUGAAGAGCGUGAAAAGUUAUACGAUGCUUGCGCUCAGCAUACUUCUCUCGGGUGCCGCCAUGUUGAGCAAGGAGACUGGUAUUACAGUAUUAGGACUUUGUGUGCUAUUUGAUGUGUUGCACUCACCAAAUAUCAAUAAGAAACAAUGGAAGAGUGGAUUGGUCAUCGUUACAGCUGCUGGGCUUAUGAUGAUUGCCCGUCUGCAAGGACCAACGCCUCAGUUUUCAACCGCGGAUAACCCAACCGCAAAGGAGCCUAUGAUGUUGACUCGUCUACUCACCUUUCUAUAUCUCCCGGUAUUAAACGCGGGAUUGUUAAUAUUCCCGGGAAGUCUAAGUUUUGAUUGGGGUAUGGACGCCGUUCCGCGGGUGAAGCGACUGAGUGAUGCGCGUGUGUUGUACUCGCUGGUGUUCUACACAGCCUUGGGGCUGCUCGUGAAAUACAGUGUAUGUGCGUGGUGCAGGUAUAAAGAUGACCACCUAGGUCAAAAGUGCGUGAAAGUCCCGAGAGCUCGACAAACCUCUCCGGUAACCUCGGCUUGUUCCACUUGCUUGAGGGAUAUACCGGAGUCCCAUUCGGUCGCGUGUCGCACGUCGAAUAACAACAACAAUACUCUUACCACAUGCUCCUGCCUGGCAGUGAGCAGUGCUAGGCGUCAGACGGCGCCACGAUCACCGGAAGUUCUCGUCGGGGUGUCUCCACGCGCUUCCGGCGCUUGCACGCUCCUGAUAGCACUCGGUUUGCUCGCGUUCCCUUUUCUGCCGGCGACAAACCUUUUCUUCUACGUUGGGUUUGUCGUUGCCGAGCGUGUGCUUUACCUGCCGAGCGCCGGGAUGUGUCUACUGUUUGGAUACGGCGCGUCUCGAUUGUGGCGGCGGCGUCGCUACCGCCUACCGCUAGCGGCGUGUCUCUGCGUUACGCUGAUCGCAUUCGGCGCACGCACCGUGCUUCGUAACCGCGACUGGACUAGUGAGGAAGCUCUCUACCGCUCGGCGAUUCCCAUUAAUCCGCCCAAAGCUUACGGUAACCUAGGCAGUGUGUUGAACAGUCAAGGAAGGAUAACGGAAGCACAAUGGGCGUACCGAAAAGCUCUGGAGCACCGACCCAACAUGGCCGACGUCCACUAUAAUCUUGGAGUGUUAUUACAAGGCAAACAACAACUCAAAGAUGCCAUUGAAAGUUUUCAACGUGCGAUACAUUUUCGACCAUCAUUAGCACUGGCCUAUGUGAAUCUUGGCGCAGCAUUGAUAUCUGCCGGAAGGUGCCAGGAAGCAGUGGCGAUCCUCAGACAAGGCGCACGUGUGGAUGGUGCAGGUUUGAAGGAUCGUCGGGAGCAUGAUGCAGCCAGAGUUUCAGCAUUACUACAACUUGGAGCUCUAUAUUCGGACCAAGGUAGAUUGCAACGUGCUUUGGCAACCUACAGGGAGGCGGCACAUUCCUUGCCUGACCACUAUCCACCUCAGAGCGUUUUCAAUGUUCUGGGUGAGACUUUGGCAAGAUUACAACAAAAUGAAGAAGCCGAACGAUGGUAUCAAGCUGCUUUAAAUGCCCAGCCCGAUCAUGUUCCAGCACACAUCACUUACGGCAAAUUAUUAGCCAAAAAUGUGAGUCGACUAGCUGAAGCUGAACAAUGGUUUAGAAGAGCACAGCGUUUAGCACCAGACGAUCCCAGCGUCUACCAUCAUUAUGGCGAAUUUUUAGCCUCAAGGGGGCGGCACAAAGAAGCAGCAGGGCUCUAUGAGCGAGCAGCGGAAUUACGACCACACGAUUUUGAACUUUCUGUGGCGGCAGCAACGGCCAUGCGACAAGCAGGACGACAUCAAGAUGCAGAACGAUGGUAUCGGAGAGCAGUCAUCAUUAAACCAUCGGAUGCACGAGGACACACGAAUCUCGGAGCAAUUCUUCAUCUUAAUGGAAAAUAUCGCGAAGCAGCAGACAGUUACAGAGAAGCGCUGCGUUUGCAGCCAAACGACGUGACGACUUUGACGAAUCUGCAUCGCUUGCACACGGUCAUGACUUGACGGUAAAUCAAAAUUUCCAACUUACGCGAAAUUAAUUAAUUACCCUUCCUGGAAGUGUAACCUCACGUGUUAAAUUCUAUUCAGUUGCAUCGAAUCGAAACAUUUCUACCAACGAAUUAUUUAAAUUGGGCAAAUCAGUUAAAUAGUUUAUUAAAUUAUGAUGAAAUUAAUUAAAUCAAAUGUCGCCGAUGAUUUUGGGACCAUUGUGCACAUUCUAUCGGCCAAAAUUUCACGACUACCGAUGACGGAAUGAUGUGGUUGAUGCGUAAAACAUAUAAUAUUGUAAAAUGUAAAUACUUUACUUGUACAUGUGUUGUAAGAUAUGAAAAUUACGAGGCAAUGAAGAAGACGUAAAGAGGGAUAUUGACAAUAUGUAAAUGACGAUCCAUAGUGAUAUUUUUUCAUCAAGUACACGAGACAUAGUAUGAAAUAUGUAGCAAGAUUAUCGAGGACCGAAGAGAUGCACACACAACACUCAAAUGAACAAUAAAAUUCAAGCGAUGAACAACAUAAUUGUUUAUUGGUUGAAUACGAUUGCUUUGUUUGAUUUAAUUAGAUCAGCCAAUUGUACAAACAAAAAUAUCUAGUGAAUAGAUGAACAUGGAACUGAAUGAUCAUUUUUUAAAGCAAAUUGAACAAAUUUUGUAAAUACAAACAAAUAUGUUGUAUAAAAUAUAUACAGAAUGAAAUAAUUCGAUUACUUCGACUAUGAAUGAUUUAUAUGAAGCGUAAUGAAAUUGAUUAUCGACGGAUUAACAAAUAAACAAAUAAACUGUAAAUGUUAUUUCUUAAUCAAAUUGAAAGUGAUAUUAAUGUAAAUAUUAUUGCUACACAAGAAGAGAUGUGCUGAAUAAUGAUGAAAUAAUAUCUAAAAAAAACGUCUAAGAGAAUUUAAGUACUAAGUAUUGAUUGUAAAAAGCAAGAAAAUGUAAAAUAUUGCCACCAACAUCGUUUUGGUUGAUUCAGAUUUUUUUCAAUCAGAAAUUUCUCAUAAUUUCAUUGCACAAAUAUUCAACAACAAUAACAGGCGGUCGAAAUCAAUCAGUGAGAUUGAUUGAUUCCGAAUGUUUAUCACAACCAUACAAAAUAUAUAAUUAAAAGAUAAUAAUUGAUAAAUAUAACAAAAUAUACCGCAAAAUUGCUUCUUACGUAAAUGGUUUUGGAUCAUAAAUAACACACAAACCGAUACAAUUUCAAUGUUAUGAAAUACGAUCAUUUGAAUUACCUACACUCAUGACGACGAUAUUGACUGGAUGAUGAAAACUAAAUAGGUACGAUUGAAUUAUUAUAAAAUAUUAAUAUUGUUGGCUUUUAAUGGAAGAACGUAUCCUGUAAUAUGUAUUGAUACAUAUAUGAAAUAAAGCUUAACUUAUUUUGUGUACAAAA